AUGUCCGGCCAAAAGAUCACCACCAUCCUGUUCGACUGCGACAACACCCUCGUGCUCUCUGAGGAGCUCGCCUUCGAGGGCUGCGCCGACCUCAUCAACCAGAUCUGCAAGGAGCGCAAUGUCAAGAUCGAGAAGCCCUUCACUGGCGAGACCCUCAUCACCGAGUUUGUCGGCCAGAACUUCCGCGGCAUGCUCACCACCCUGCAGAAGCAAAACAACUUUGAGAUUGGCCCCGACGACCUGGAGAAGUACGUCGUGAAGGAGGAGGACGUCGUCAUCGCCAAGCUCAAGGAGGCCCUCAGGCCCUGCGCCGGCGUUGAUGCUGAGCUCGAGAAGCUGGCCGCGUCCGGCAAGUACCACCUGGCCGUGGUGUCCUCCUCUGCCCUGCGCCGUGUCAAGGCUUCCAUCGAGAAGGUCGGCCAGGACAAGUACUUUGGCAACGAUGUCUUCAGCGCCGCGACUUCCCUCCCCAAGCCCACCAGCAAGCCGGACCCUGCCAUCUACCUGCACGCCCUCAAGACCCUCGGCAAGACCGCCGAGGAGUCGGUGGCCGUCGAGGAUUCCAAGUCGGGCACCCUCAGUGGCACGCGCGCCGGCAUCAAGGUCAUCGGCUACGUGGGCCCCUACGCCGACGACAAGAAGGCCGAGAUGGAGAAGGUGCUGCGCGACGCAGGCGCAGUCGUUGUCAUGAAGGAGUGGAGCGAGUUCCCUGCUGCUCUGGAGCAGAUCGAGAGCGGCAAGGUAUAG